AAAAAGGCUAGAGCUCACAGUGAAGCACUCUGGCUCAGCGCUUCUCGAGGGGAGGACGUAAAACUACAACUCAACAAUACAAACCUAUCCCCUCUUUCUUUUUUUCCCUCUCUCUUUCUUCUACGGACUUAAACUGCACAUAAACUUUUAAAGUAACUUUUCCACAACCAAAACCAGUCGUGGCACAAACUAACAUUUCCGCACGUCGCGUUCUGGGAUCCUGCUCGGUCCUCCAUGAAAGAGGGAGUGCGGCAGCAAACUUGGGGAAAAGAGAUGUCUGCGACUGUCUUGUCUGCGUUCUACGACAUGGACAUGCUUUACAAGCAGGAUAAAAGCAUGAACAUGAACGCCCUCCACAUCAACAGCAUGCUGGACAAGAAAGCGGUGGGGGCUCCGGUCACGACUCCGGGCUCCAGUGGCCCCUUCACACCGGGAUUUUUCCGCAGAAACUCAACCAGCAACGUGGAGGCGAUGAACAACGGCAACAAAUACUCGAUGGGCUCCUACAGCAGCCUGAAGGAGAACACACCGAGCAGCAGCAGCAGCAGCAGCAACAGCAGCAGCAGCGCCACGGCCCUUAUGAACAAGGAGAACAAGUUCCGCGACCGCGCUUACAGCGACAACGGAGACCGGGGCGUGCUGCAGCAGAAGCCCGGCUCUCAGAUUAACUCCACCCGCUACAAGACCGAGCUGUGCCGGCCCUUCGAGGAGAACGGGUCGUGCAAGUAUGGGGAGAAAUGUCAGUUCGCUCACGGCUACCACGAGUUGAGGAGCUUGUCCCGCCACCCUAAAUACAAAACUGAGCCGUGCCGCACCUUCCACACCAUCGGUUUCUGCCCCUACGGUCCCCGGUGUCACUUUAUCCACAACGCCGACGAGCGCCGGCCUGCUCCGGCCGCCAACGCUAACAUGCAGGCAGGGGAGUCCAGGUCGGCUCGCGAGCUGUGCGGGUACGGCCAGAGGGAUGUCAUGCAGCAGCAGCAGCAGCUCGGCUACACCCAGAGGGACAGACCAAAGCUUCACCACAGCCUCAGCUUCUCCGGCUUCUCCAGCCACCACGGACUCGAGUCUCCCCUGCUCGACAGUCCCAUGUCCCGGACCCCACCACCACCCAACACCGCUUCGUCCUGUACCUCCACCUCCAGCUUCUACGACGAUGUGCUUUCUCCCAACUCCAUGUCCUGCAUCAACAGUGCCUUCUGUUUCCCCGGACAGGACUUAAAAGCCUUACUUGCUCCCCUGGCUGUGCACACCCCCAGCGGCUACACCAACAACCACUCCACCGGUGCCUACUACGGGAACAUGCAGAGCAGCGUGUGCCCGCCCUCCCCUCCGACCUACAACAUGAGCCACUUGCAGGCGCUGCGCCGCCUCAGCGAGUCACCGGUGUUCGAGCCACCUCCCAGCCCGCCGGACUCUCUCUCUGACCGCGAGAGCUAUGCGAGCGGGUCCCUCAGCUCUUCCGGGAGCCUCAGCGGCUCCGAGUCCCCGAGUCUGGACGCUGGAAGACGUUUGCCAAUCUUCAGCAGGCUGUCGAUUUCAGAUGACUAAUCAUGUUUUGUUUUCAUAUGGAUUUAUGGACUGGUAAGGCAGGGUGGUUAAGGAGCCAGGCCAGGGGGUGUCAGUGAGUAAGGUAGACUGUCGUUCAAGCAGAGGAUCCUGGUUUAGCCCCCCCACCCCAUUUCAGCAACAACCACCCUGCCGAAGUGCCUUCGAGUAAGACAUUGAAUCCCUACCAGCUCCAGUGGUGUUGACCCUGCUCUGACCUCCCUGGAGGGGGGCAAGAGAAGAUUUCACCCACACAGGGAUCAAUAAAGCUUCAAACAGUUUAAAAAGUGUCCUUGACCUGGCAUUAAUUUAGUAUUUUUUUUUUUCCUUGUAUGUAAUAUAGCUGUAUUAAAACUUAAGAUAGCAAACAGAAGGCAUUCCAUCAGUGCCUUGCCCGAGGGCCCAUGGCAGCCCCCUCUCCCUUUUGCUCUAUCAGACAAGCCACACUUUUCCUAGGAUUAGAUGUGUGGGUAACAUGACUUGACAAGAAGAAGAGACUCUAAGCAGUUUUCAGAUUUCCUCCCAUCCUGCCAAGAAUAUGCCUUGACUCAAAGUAACUUUUUUUUUUUUCUUUAUCAAAGUGUGUGUGGUUUUUUCUUUUUCUUUUUUUUUUCUGAAAGCUUCAACUUCCAUUCCAGAUUUGUCUUCUCCCAGCGCCACCCAGUGGUUCGUUUGGUUAGUCUAGUUUGUUGCUUGGAUAAAAAGCGCUCUUGAGUUGGGUUUGUUUGGGGAAAUCACUGCUGAUGGUUGAAUAUAUAUUUUUUUAGCUUUUUUUUUUUUUUUUUUUUUUUUUUUUUUUUUUUUGAGUGAUUUGCAUAGCUGUGCAUAACUGGCUAUGGACUAUUUAACUUAUUUAUUAUCUUGUGAAAAAAGUAUAGGCUACAUUGGUAAUUUGUGUCCAUACUGUAUUUAUCAAGUAUGA